UUUAGUGAUGAGAAGGAAGUUUGGUCUUUAUAUAUAUUUUUUAACUUUUAUCUCAAACCAAGUAUUUUUAUCAUUGAAGUUUCAUCAGUGAUUUAAUUUACAGUGUAAUUUAUUAAGUAGAAAAAAUAUAUGGCAAGUGUAUUCUGCAUUUGAAUUGAAUUUCACAGAAUAUAUACCAUAUAUUUAUGUGGAAAGAAGGCAGCAGUGGGAGAGAGGGACUGAAGAACUUUAGGUGCCUAGAAUAACUUUGCCAUUUAUUUUUCCUUUACCCCAUGAGUUUAACCCAUUACCUGAAAGAGAACCAGCUGAUCAUUACCCAGAAACCCACUGCCACACCACACAAUGAAAGAAGAGAUAUCCGCAGCAGUUCUUUUCAUCUCCAAAUUAAUCAGCCGAAAUGAAAACGUAAAUGACGAGAGGAUGGCCAAGUUCGAGCAGAGAUUGGGAGAACUGUUGCAGGAACGGUUUAGCAAUCACUGGCACCCCGAGCGUCCCUGGAGAGGUCAAGGUUACAGGUGUUUACGAGUGAAUGAGAAUUCAAGAAAAGAGCCGACGAUAGAACGUGCGGCAAGGGAAUGUGGCUUGAAGUAUGUGGACUUGAAUCUUCCAGUUGAGUUAACCAUUUGGGUUGAUCCUGAGGAAGUGUGUUGUCGGUUUGGUGAACAGAAAGGCUCGUGUUGCACCGUUGCUUCGUUCAGGGAGGGAAAUAAGGAAAACUACAUUGAGAAGUUUGACUUUUCCAAAAUUGAACGUCCAAAUUCAACUCCAUCGGGCAUGUCAAAGCCUUCGGAAGUACUGAAGGAGAGAACCUUCAAUACCAGCAACAACAUGAGUCCUCCAUCAAGUACCCAAUCCACACCCACCAAGAAGAAAUCCUAUAGUCCAACUCAUACAGGGUUUGGUUUGAAAAACCAGACCUCUCCAGGUAGAAAUAACAUGAUGAAUAACCGUGAUAGAAGACCCUUUGGAAAUCACCAUAAUCAUUACAGCAACAACCAUCAAAACCACCACAACAGCCACCCCCAGAGUGGAUCGUACUCGCCACCUUUCUUCAAGACGCAAUCAUGGCUUAACCUGAGUCAGACUCCCCCACCACCUCCUCCUCCUCAUUUGCCCCUCUUCAGUUCUACUGGUUUCAUCUACCCUCCUGCAGCACCUCCACACUACACCCAUGCCCACUCUGGCCCUCAUUUCCCACGCUCUCCUCCAAACAUGGGUCCCCAGAAAUUCAAAUGGAAUAGCGGUAACUUCCCUCGUAACGACCGGCACCCGUGGUUUGGCCACAGAGCUUUGGCACGGGUGUAAAAUUGAUAAUUUGUCUGCGGGGGGCACUUGGGGCUUUUGAGAAAAUGGUUGUUGGAAUGAGCUUACCUACUGGCUUAGUGAACAUAUCCUUUAUAGAUAUUACCAUGUGAUAGAUAUAGCAUUAUAGAUAUUAUCUUAAUUGUUGACUAAUUCACAGUAGAUCGAUCUCACUAGAAUUAAUUUCUCGAUGUUUUGAGGUAGAUUUUUGCUGAACAGGUAAUUUGGAUGCACCAGAAUAAUGUGCUUUUUCAUCCUUUAUAUUUUUUUCCUUCUUUUAUUUUAUUAUUAUUAUAUUUUUCUUCCCUCCAAGUGCCCCUUGUGAUAUUACCCAAAACUGAACACAUGAAUAUUUGUAUUAUAUGCAUGUGUCUGUGGAGGGGAGGAAGGCACCUUGAGCAAGUUCAGUACAGAUUUAAAAGAAUUUUGAAAGAAAAGACUGGGCUUUUGAGUAUUAAUGACAUUUUUAACUCUUAAAGAUAAACAGGUGAGGAUUUUUUUCUUGUAUUUUAGAAAUUUGAGGCUCCGCUAUAGAAGAGUGAUAGUUGAUCUACAAAGUGCAUUUGCAGAGAGUAGUAUACAUUAUAGCUUUAUACCAGGUGGAAUAUAAUCACAGGAGUGGUGCUCUCAGUGUAAGGCUUUAAGUUAGGAAUUCUCUUUUGGAUAAUUUCCAAAAAUUAUACCAAGGCAUGUAAAGAGUUUUAGUUUGGAAAAUGCUCAAGCGUGCCUGCUCAACUGUGAUUCCAUAGUCGGCCGACCCUUGUUACACAGAGUUCAAAGGAAUACGAGUGAGGCAAGACCUUCAUUUACCUUCUCAUAAAGCAGGUACCUGCAGUUUUAGGAAAGGUCCCACUUACACACACAUAAAAAAAAGAAAAGAAAAAAUCAAUGCAUCAUAGAUUCAGAAGUAAUUUAUUUAAAAAGCACUUUAUACCUCAUUGAGAAUGGACCAGUAUUUUUGGGUAUUAUCCCUGGUAUUAUGAACAAAUAUUGAUAUAAAAAAUGAUGAAAAGAUGCCCAGACACAUUCUCAGGAGCUUGUGCACAAAACUGUAGUGAUUUACCUCAACACCUUUACCUUGCUGUUUAUACCAGAUUGCUUGAUAAGGACAAAUUAUUAAUGAAAUGGAAAUAUGUUUAUAUUCUGUGUAAUAGUAGUAUGGGCACUUUCAGAGAUUAAGACUACUUUGACCCCUUUGCUUAAAGUGUCGUAGAUUUCAAUAUAGUUAAUUGUGAUGAUGCAUAUUAUGAUUUGCUGUGUCUGUGGGACGUGCAGUAAAUACUCUAUGAAUUUUUUGCCAUUAUUGCACAUAUUAUCAAAAAACUAUUGUUUAAGUAUUACAAUUUAUGUAUAUAAACAGAUAUAUAUAUAAAGUAUAUAUAAAGAGAGCAUGAUUGAAAAAUAUGAGAAGAAAAAAAAAAAAUGUAUGAUCAUAUUUCACACCUCAGUAGUGCUAAUGCUUUUUUCUGCUAGUCUUCUCUUCCUGCCCAACUAUUUUAGUUGAAAAACAUUCAUGAUUCCUUGUGAAUUCUGAAAUGUUUGUUUUGGUGAAUUGGUGCUUGAUAAUAUUUCCCCUAGAAAUAUGUAUUGAUUGUCCAGGUUCUUUGCAGCUAAUCACAAUAUCAUUUAUUAAAAAAAAAAAUGGGAAUUAAAAAAAAUAUAUAUUUAUAUAAUGGAUUAUUUUUAAUUAUAUUUUAUGUAAUGAUAUUUGAUGACGGUAGUUUAAUUAAUUUGUUAGGUUCUGUGCUAGAGAAAGAAAGAUACAUUGAACAUUACGUUGUUCACAUUAUGUUGAUUUGGUAGAUUAGUAUUUUUCAUUACCAUUUCCGACAACCAAAGUUAUGAAACUGACAAAGAAAAUAUCCAGAUUACACUGACACAGACAUUCAUGUUCACACACAUACAAAUGCAUACAUUCUCAAGUAUUUACUUAGCUAGAAUGCUAUAUAUAUGUUGAGGUUUUAUGCUUAUAAAUUUAUUGAAGAACAGGAACUUUUAUUUAUAUUUUGUAUAGGACCCUCUGGUAUUAGAAUAUUAAAAUGAACAGAUAUAUUUAUUAUAUUUCAUUGUUGUAAGGAAACAUUGCUCAGAAUGUAAGCUUAGUCCAGUAAACUUCACCUGAGAAAAACCAUUAACAAACAUUUCCCGUCCAUUCAUUCUAGUGGUUCUCAUGGGCUUAGGCUUAGAAUAUUACUUAAGCACAUAGUCUUGUAAAUUCCCUCUACCCACCUGACCCCUUAUGAAAAACUGUUUGGAAAAAGAAAAGGUACAGCGAAGCAAGAAAAGUCAAAUGGUUUUUAGAUCCUUUUCCCCAUAGACCUUCCUGGAAUUCUCAGUUAAGCCUUGCCCUACAAGUGCCAUAUGGAUGAUCUGCUUUUCUUACAAAGGUGGCGUGACAUGAGUUCUAACUGUUAAGUGUCGUCAAAGCACAAAUUUUUCAUAAUUUUUGUUGUUGAGAAUUGUUAUUGAUGGAUAGGUCUCUCAACAUAUUGUGGAAAAUGUACAAUAGUUCUCCCCUUUUCCCCUGAAGGUAUUUGUAAUUUAUUAUCAGUGCAUUGUAUGUGUAAAUGGUAGUUUGAUAAGGUACCGCACUUUCUCACUGAGCAGAUAAUAUUCACAAUAUCCAGAUUUUUGGUAUCCUAUGUAUUGAAUUAUUGUUUUACACAUUUGUAAGGAAAGUAAGAAAUAAUUUAUUUUCUCCCUCCCCCCUUUACAAGAAUUUUGCAAUGUUAUUGAUAGAGGAUUGAAUUGUAGGUUUCAAGUAUUUAUUCUUUUUUGCCUAUGCUUAAUAAUGCACAACAUAGAUGUAUAAUGUAUUUCAGAUUGCAACUUUUUGUUUUAAUUUUUUUCCAAAAUUAUUUUCCAAUCCCAUGUGAUGGUGUGCAUUUUGAGGCUUCAUCAGUAUAUUGAUCAUGUGUGUUCUGUCCGCGUAGUUAGAAGGGCCUCCCGUUUUCCAUUGGGACCUGCACCUCGCAUCCCAAGCCUUUAGGGUGACGUGGGUGCUUCGAGAAAUGAUUAUGGUAAGGGUUGGGUUAUUCUAGUGGAAUGUUGUAGACCAUAUGUUUAGUUAGGAAAUUUAAUCGGUGGAUAGUACUACAUAAACUUUGAAAAAACAUAUUUUUGAAGGUUGUGUAAAGGAAUAAUUCUAGCAAAAAUAUCAUUUUAAUAUUACCCAUAGUGAUACUUACAAAUAGACAUCUUUGUGGUAGAACUCGACAUUUUCUUGGAUUUUGGCAAAUAAUUGUGUUAACUUUUACCUCUCAUAAGAUGUAAUCUAAAACAGAAAGUAAUAUUACAGAUAGUACAAAGUACAACUUAUUUAUUGAAUUCCAAGGAAGGUGGACGAGAUUCUUCUUGAACCCUUUUUCAAGCUGUAGACAUGAACAUAGAUAAGACUAACAUAGUAUUAAACAUCAAUAUGAAGCUUGACAUGGGAAUGAUAAUGACCACAGUUGUUUCUCUACAGUUAAUAUAUUGUUGAAUUUCAGUAUUUUAUUUGGUUCAAGAUAGAAUGUACUAAUAUUAUAUAGUUAGUCAUAAAAUUGCUAUUAUGAAAGGAAUAGUGUGUAAACUUUAUCCUUUAAUCUUUUCAAGGCUGCAUAGGUAUGUCUGUAAUACAAAAUUUGUAUCAGUAUCUAAGCCUGCAGUAACUGCCUGUUACAGUUCUUGCAAAAGUGGCACAUACCUCUAAUGUCAUGUUGUGGUGCUCGAGUUAGAGGUGUUGUUCUGCUUGUACUCAUCUUAAUCUCCAGACAUUAGGUAUAGUGCUUCGUGUUUUGAUUUCUGUAUUUUACCAUGUAAUAUGAAUGGUAAUGCUAUUAUUUCAAUUUCUUAAGUGAUUGCAUCUCUGUCCUGUGUAAUUGCUCUGAUUACAAAGUCACUCUCCUAACAUAUUGGCUUUUUGAUGAAGAGGUACGUUUUGCUCAAAAGUGUUCCUUGAUGUUUGGUCUUGAAAUAUUUGUAUAUUACUCUGGUCACAAGUUGCAUGCCAAAAUAUUUGAUCAUAUAUCUUUAUUUACCAACUAAUAAGUGGAUCUUUGUUUAGAAAAGAGUGCCUGUUUUGUUGAUUGAUUUGGUUUGGCAAAGUGAUUUAUUUUAAGUGAAUGUGAUAGUUUUUUACCAAGAGCAAAACAAACAGAAGGAGUUGGCCUUGUAAACUCCUGGGGGUCGCCUAGUGUGACCGCCUGUCAGUGUAGUUUACUAACAUGUACUAACAGAUGCAGGUUGUUUGCUGAUUUGCCAGUACUAACGGUUACUAACAUGGAUUAAUCUCAAAUUUCUCUUUUGAAUGUGUGUGUAAGUGUGUGCUUAGUUAGACCUCUGAUUCAACAUUUUGUUUGUGGAUUGUAAAAGUUAGGUAUAAAUUAUUGAUUUCAUUCUUUUGUACCUGUUUUGAAAAUGACUAGAAUUAUAGGGACCAAGGUGAUCCAUUCUCUGGUAAUCAGAGGCUAUUUUGCUUGCUGUUAAACAGUGGAGGUAAUUCAUCUAACCAGUAAUCACCUGAUUUGAAUAAUGGCAAAUAGCGAGUGAGAUUUUUUUCUGUUGGUGGAUUAAAAAAAAAAAAAAAAAUAUUGAAUAGGAAUAAGAAGCUUUUGUUUUGCUCUUGGGCUAAUUCCUUCCAUCCAGUAUUUUGAAAUUGUUUAAUUAACUUGGGCAGUUUUGUUCUGUCUUGAGGCUUUUUGUAGUAACAUGCAUAUCUUUUCUGGUGAAGGUCCAAACGAUAAACAUGUUUACAUGUUUUGGAGGCUUACGUAUGAGUAAUACUUAUGUACCAGGAUGUACGAGUAAUAACAUAGUUAUUAUUGGUAUGGCAUUGUACCUGUAAGACAAUUUAUGCUUUACAGUGUUUUGGUGUUUCUUUUUUGUAGGUUUUCUUUAAGACUUGUGCCAGAAGCUACAGCAUUUCCUUUUUCUUUGUUUUAUUUAUAUCUUUAUUCUUGUUUCUUUUCUAUUUCUUUUGAGGUAUUUGCAAUAUUCUUUGGUUACUGUUAAAUGCUUUGCACUUUUAAGAUUCUCUGUUCAUCCAGAUAAAAUGUGAUCAGUUCCUUAGUUAUAUUUAUUACAGAUUUACACUUGGUAUUAAAAUUGAAGUCAAGCUUCAUGAAUUGGGUGCUAGAAAAAAAAUGUUUGUAGAUGGCAGAAAUACUCUUCUCCAUAGCAUUCACAAUGUUAUAACAAAAUUUACAUGCAACUCUUGAGUUCACCUGAUGUAUCAAGAUAUGUGAAGUAUCCAGUAGCUGUUAACAUGACGGGUAGGAAGCUAAUAGGACUUCAAUAUAAUCUUCCUAAAUUCAUGGUUAUGUUGUUUCCUCAAAAUUAUAUUUUAUAUGACAUCUUGUUUAUGAUAUGUUCAUGUUUUUCAUUGUGAACACAAGUGUUGUCAGUCCAGUCCAGCCUCUCUUAAUGUUGUAUUAUUUCUUUUAAAACAAUAAUGUACAGUAAUUUCUUCUUUAUUUAAGAAUAGGUCAUUGUUUGCCUUUUUAUUUUCAGUUUUGUUUUUUUGUUUUGUUUUUUUUACAAGUGUAUAUUCAGUUGAACGAUUUGUAAUAAUUUGAAAACUUAAAGUUAUGAGCAUCUCUUUGAAACAUUCCAUAAUGAGGGUUGUACUAUCCUAUAUGUAGAUGCUGUUUUUAACUGAAUGAAUGAAAUGUAUAUAGGUUUAUUUCUUACAGAAAUUGUGUGUAUAUACUGAAGUUAUUUUUUCAUAUUUUUCCGUGGCUCAUAAUGUGUGCUGAAACAUGUAAUAUCAGGGGCCCAUGGCUUAUUUUCGACAACAUUAACUUGAAUUGUAAUGUCUGUAGAUGAUGGAAAACAAUUUAAUGGUACCAACCCCUGUAGUGCUGUUGUCUUAACUCUAGUCAAAAGUUCUGCUCGUGGUGCAGUUCUCUUUUGUUAAUCACUUUUAAGAGGCUGGUGUGCCUACAUUGUAAGGGUAUCAAAUGAAUUUCUGAAGGUAAUGUAAUAUACCAAGUUGGUGGAUAACAACUUCAUGUUAAAAAUCUGUUGUUUUGAAUGUUGAUUUUUCAUAAUUUAACUAGGAAGUCUUUUUUUUUUUACAUUAGUAGAUAACUUAAGCCUAUAAAUUACUUAUAUUUUUGUUUAGAGGGGUGCAGUGUUGACUUGUUAGAUCCUUAUUGUCAAAUGAAUGGAUGCUGAAGAAUAUUUCUCUAUUCACUGACUUAGAUCAGGUGAACUCGUGAGUUAAUGAUAUGGUUAGUAACAACUGCUGCAGACUGUGUGACAUUGAUCAGUAGAAAUCUAUGCCAAAAGAAAAUUAAUUGUGCAGCAUUUGAGACAGAACGAAAUUUCUGAAAUAUAAUGAUAAAACCUCAAAAGGUUAUCAAAGAUUGGGGCCACAAUCUUGAGACUUUGCAGGUAUGCUGUAGACUUCUUCUUGCUCCCUCUUCAGAAGUUAAUGUUAUUAUUGAUGUAAUAAAGGAAUGUAUUUUAGGUAAAUAGCAACAUUUAUAUUUCUCAGAAAAUUUAAUUGUACAGUUUUUAUUGCAUUGCA